UGGGGAAAUGUUCAACUCUGCAUGUGGAAACUGUUUGGCCAGAGCAUGCUGCAGCUUAACAUGAUGGUGAAAGUACUUCUGCUCCCUCUGUUUUGCCUCCUUACAUUAUUAACAGGUGUGUGUUCCCAGAGAGCCAACAAUAUAUUUGUCAAGGAUGGUGAGAUGGUGGCGCUGUACUGCCCUCAUUACAUAGGGUAUGAUUGUGGUGAUGCCAAACUGAUCUGGACCAGUUACACCACCCAGGUCAUGGAUCUGACCAACAACGUGUCCUCAGCUGAGCAGAGGCAGAUGGGCAUGCUGAUUCACGAGAGGAGCCUUGUGAUUCUUAGUGCUUCUGUAAACCAUCAGGGGAAUUACUCAUGCACUGGGAAUGCCAGCGCCUGGUUCAGGCUGACAGUUGUCACAACACAGUCCGGGGAUUACAAAGAGAGGUUCCAGUACCCUGCAACAUGUUUCACAAAUGAGGCCUUCACAUUGAAUUGCCCUGAUGUGAACAUACCUGCUGAAAACAUCCCGAACAUCACCAACAACAGCAUUAUAUGGCACAAGGAGGGCGAGUCCUUGCCAACAGACAGUUACUUCUCAAGUGUGGAAGAGAAGGAUGGUGGUGCCUACACCUGUACCAGAUCGUAUCUGUGUUAUGGUCAAAUAUAUAACAUGACCUUAACAGUCGUGCUUAAUGUCCAACAAAAGGAAAAAACUUCAAUAGAUACCGCAAUCAGAGAACCACAGAAUAAUCAUGUGUUUUAUGUAGAUUUGGGUUCACCAAAGGUGAUUGAUUGUACAGCUGUUAUGUUUUCAGACUUUGAUGAAUUGUUCUGGUUAAGUGAGAAAUCAAUCGUGGAAAGGAACAACAGCUUACCAGUUUUCUACAAUUACACAACAAACACUACUGAUGGGAAAAAAACGAUGACAGCAUCUCUUGUCUUUAAAAAAGUGUCCGAAGACGAUCUAUCGACAAAUUACACCUGUAAGCUGGACUCCGUAUCUGAACACGCAUGUAACGUCACCAUCAACUUGGCCCAAAAACCUCGUCCUUCUUACCUUUCCCUGGCUCUUGGCAUUGUCAGUGUUGUAGUUGUGAUGGUUUUGACGGUAGUUAUCUAUGUGAGGUUCAAAAUUAACAUCACUCUUUUCCUAAGAGACACUAUUGGCUGCCAUAGCAGCACCUCAGAUGGAAAGAGCUAUGAUGCCUUUUUGAUCUGUUACAAGAGCAACACAGAUGCAGGACUACAUGAAAAUGACAGAAAAGGGCUGGAGAAUGUUUUGGAAGAGAGUUUUGGUUACAGUCUCUGUCUUUAUGAUCGUGACAUCUUACCCGGGAAAGCAGUAGCAGAGGCAGUGCUGGACUGUAUAGAGCAGAGUCGCACAGUGGUUUUGGUUCCCACCCAUGCAGCUCCUUGUCCAGGAUCUGGUCUGCUGAGUGUGAUUCAUGAAGCACUUGUGGAGCGACAGACUCGCUUGGUUUUCAUCAAAACUGAGACAACAGAUGUGUUGGGAUCAGGUUUGUUACCAGAGGCCUUACAGCUUCUUGGCGAGGCUGGAAACUGUGUCACCUGGAAGGGCGUAAACUCCAUGCCGGCCUCCUCCUCCUUCUGGAAGCAGCUACGUUAUUACCUACCUUCCCCGCAGCAUGCACCAAAAACAAGGCUUUUACCUCAGACCGUUUAGCCGAGUCAGCAGUUGUUUUCCAUUUACACAGAACACCAGAUUUUUUCUCAGUGCACGUAAAAAUUAGGAGCUAGGUGACCAUGAGGAGAUAUUCACUGUAUUGAAUUAACAACACUUACUAUACCUUUUUUAAUAUUGAUUGAUUGAUUGAUUGAUUGACAGAUAUUUUUUAUGUACGUGUCAUGCCAGUAAGCCCACAUGGAAUCAAAUUACCCCAAUACAACAGUAAUUAAUUUUUUACGGCUUCCUUUUAAUAAGUGUAUACUGCAUAUAAUGCAUGUGUAAAAAUGACAUUUCAGGCAACGACAAUUUACUGACAAACUGAAGAUGGUCGUCUCUUUAAUUGUUUUUAUUUGUUUUAUUUAACUUUAGUAUCUUAACACUUUCAGAACCUAAUUUGAUCUAUCAAUUAAUCUAACCCCAAAUAAGUCUUAUUCUGGAUAUGUAAUCUAAAUGUACUCAAAAAUCAUAAGAAAUAAAAGUCUGUCUGUUUCAAUGGGUGCAGAAUCUGAUCGUAAGAAACCACCUGAAAGCAAAAAAUUGUCUAAGAAGACCUUUACAUAACAAAAAACAGGAGUUUAUUUUUAUUUUUUAUUUUAUUUUUAUCAAUAGUUUACUACUAUCAAUGAAUAAAGGGGUAAUGCCCUUUAGGCAAAGGGUGAUUUUUAAAACACUUUGCAAUUAUAUUUCGUUUUAUUUUGUCAAAACAAUUGAUAAAAAAAUAAGGGGUCGGUCCUGAGUGGAAUGUUCUGCAUACAUCCAGUAAUUUAAA